AGUGACUUUUACUUAUUCCACCAAGAGCAGAACUAGCGCUCCAGGACCGGAAUUCCGCUAUCCAGAUUUCGACAACAGUGGGAGUCACUUCUCGCGAUACCACCGUCCACUCGGCAAUUCUUGCUUUCCAUAGCGGAAACACCGAUGGUCCCAGGACCUCCCGCCUCCUCGGUGCCAUGAGGUAUCGCCUGGGCCUCACGCAUGAAGCAGAUGAAUACGUUCAAGCACUGGGUUUGGAUUAUCCAAGCUGCAAUGGUCACAACGUCGAUAGUCGGAAGGGUACGAAGGAUACCCAGAAAAUGCAGGAUUAUGCGUGGCAGGAAAUUAUACGGGCCCAACUUUUUGAUAACCCUAUUGAAAUGGGAUUCGGUCUACGCUUCCGCAAAUGCGCUGAAUAUCUGGCCAUUGUACUGGCCGAAAAAUGCACUUCCGAGGAAGAAAUAAAGGCAAAGGUCGACAAGGCUGCCCGAUGUAUGUUUGCUUAUUCUCAGUGCAUGGCUCAGUCAACUAAUCAGCUUUUAGUCAAAACCAACAAGACCCUGCAAAUCAUUCCCAACGUCCGAGGGAAAGCCAUCAUGGAAGAUGUGGACGUCAUUCGGAAAAGGAAUGCUUUUAUUGCAGCGAUGCGUUCCCCGGGCCACCGCGUUCACAUCAAAGCUUUGACCAUGACGACUCGACGUGGGUACAGCGCCAUCCCGACUAUGGAUGGCACAUCUCCCCAUUGAUGUAACGCUUCCCCAUAUAGGGAUUUAUCUUCCAAACACAGGUUUGCCUACGUUAUCGUGGGUCAUAGUGAAGACAGUUGGUCACCCGGUUGUGCUUUUACCUUCGUUGCCUGAGCUCCCAGCGGCAUAGAGUAUGACCCGUUGCUAGGUGGUGCUCAUAGCUGUUUCGUUAGUUCUUGCUUUAUUAAAUAGUUGACUAGCCUGAAAAUGGAAAUUAUUACCAAACGGCAGUCUGAUCUGUAUCGCCUCCCUAAAACAAAAAUCAAUAUUUAUUCUGUAU